GGGAGAAAUAUUACCCAGGAGGUCGAAUGGUGGAAGGCUCGACAAAGCAGCGCUACCUCUGCUGGGGUAUCAUCCUAGCAGUUAUCUUCGCCGUCAUCGUGCUCAUCAUUCUGCUCUCCACCGGUGCAUUCUAUGGAGCCGACGAUUCAGUGGCGGAAAAUGGCACCCUGUCGGCAACUGACGCCCAGUCCGGCCUCAAACGACCUCCGACGCGACCGACGACGACGCUGCCGCCGCUGCCACCGCCGCCCAUCGUUGACGACGUAUUCACUGGUUCGUUGCGACUGAAUGAAGAGUUCCAUCCAAUGCUAUACGACAACUCAUCGCGGGAGUUCAGCCGUAUGAAGAGCAAGGUGGAAAAUUUGCUGAACGAGGCGUUCUCACCGUACAACUGGCCCGAGGGAAGUGACGACAUGGGAUCAGUCAUCGCCACCGUUACCCGAUUCACGCGAGGCAGCGUGGUGGCUGAGUUCACCCUGCUCUCCCACCACGCUGAGUCGCUGACUCCCCAGGAGGCCGGCCAGCGCCUGCAGGAGCGUCUGCGACAGGUCACCACCUCGCCAACUGCCACGAUCACCGCUUCCAAAGUGGAUAUUACCCCGAUGGAGGACCUGUGUGCCACGCACCAGUCGGGCUGCUCGCACGAUUGUCAGUUCUCCUACUCGAGUAUGUCGUUCGUCUGCCUCUGUCCGUCUGGCAUGGAGGUCGACAAGGAUGGACGCACCUGCGUCUUCCCAGAGCCGGUGGUCACAGAGGCUGUGCCGGAGAUCCACCGGAUCGAGGACCCGCACCUGGGCGCCGCGCUGCACCCCGACAUCCCCUACACCGUGGACCACGAGUGGAUGCACGAGGAUGGCGAGACGACCCCGGAGUCGGAGCCGGAGACCACCGCGACGGGCCUGUUCCCGGACCACGAGUGGGUCCACGAGGACGGCGAGACGACCCCGGAGCCGGAGCCGGAGACCACGGAGACCGACCCGUGGAUGUUUGGAGGGGAGGACGCGACGGUGGGAGCAGAGCCGGAGCCGGAGCCGGAGACGACAGCUGAGCCGGAGCCGGAGUCGGAACCAGAGCCGGAGACCACUGUAACGCCUGACACCAUGGUGGAGGACCAUCUUUCGGUGCUCGGAGGACUGUUUGAUGAACCGGAGACAACAGCGGAGCCAGAGCCAGAGACGACUGCGGAACCGGAGCCUGAGCCAGAAACAACGGCAGAGCCGGAGCCUGAGCCGGAGACAACUGCAGAGCCUGAGCCUGAAGCAACAGCGGAGCCUGAGCCAGAGACAACAGUGGAACCGAAGGUUACAGCCGAACCCGAGCCCGAAGUUACAGCCGAACCCGAGCCGGAGCCGGAGCCAGAGGCCACAGCUGAGCCAAAGCCGGAGACUACAGCGGAGCCGGAGCCGGAAACUACAGCGGAGCCCGAGCCGGAGCCGACCACCGUCGAGCCUGAACUGGAGCUGAAGACGACGUUCGACACCGGCCGCGUUCCUAAACUGGAUGAAAGUCCAGCACCGGCAGUUCGGUCCAUAUUCAACGCGACCAUGACUCUGGAGGAGGAGUUCCCUGAGGGUCUGAAGGACAACACGUCAGCUGACUUCCUCAGGAUGACUGUCAGGGUCAAGAAGGAGAUGGCUGAGGCCUUCUCCAGCUUCAACUGGCCCGAGGGAGACGACCUGGGUCAGAUCGGCAUCAAAAUCCGCAAGUUCGAGCCGGGCAGCGUGGUCAUCUUCUUCCACAUCACCACGGGCGACACGGGCUCUGCUGCGCCCGAGGAGACGGCCCGCCGUCUGCAGGACCGGCUGACCGACUACUUCACCAGCACCGAGGGCCUCCAGUUCCACGGAGCACGCUUCCCCGUCUCGCAGAUCGGCGUGGAACCUCUGAGAGACCUGUGUGCGACCGGCGAGUCGGGCUGCUCCCACAAGUGCCACUACUCGGCGGCUGAUGAUCAGUUCCGCUGUGCCUGCCCCGAGGCCAUGGAGCUCGCCGGCGAUCAGCUCACCUGCAGGCGCAUAGAAUCAGUGCCUCCUCUCAUCUCCCGGUGGAACGGACACGCCUGGGUGCUGGCCAACGAGACUCUGAAGCCCGUGAUCCUGACGACUACCACCGAGAUGGCCCCGGAAACCACGCCGGAACCGGAACCCGCGGUUACAACCGAGGCGGAACCACAGACUACAGCCGAGCCGGAACCCGAAGCCACGGCAGAGCCUGAACCGGAGCCAACAACCGAGACUGAUGGUUCGGAGACUCUUGGUGAGCAUGACAACUGGCUGCACGAUCACGAGCACCACUCGCACGACGAGGUUACGAUGGCGCAGCCGGAGCCGGAAACCACCCCGGAACCGGAGCCAGAGGGUACGCCAGAGCCGGAACCAGAGGGCACACCCGAACCGGAGCCGGAAACCACAAUAACACCGGACGCCAGCAACGCCCUCGAUUUGGACGCGACAGCUGAGGAGGUCAAGAGUAGCUCCCAAGUCAUCGACGAGACGUCUACCUCUGAGUCUGAGCCAACUGCUGAGCCUGAGCCAACAGCUGAGCCUAAUUCGACGGCUGAGCCUGAGCCAACUUCUGAGCCCGAGCCAACGGCUGAGCCUGAGCCGUCUCUGGAGCCGGAUGUGGCAUCGGCUGCCGAUCAGCUGAGUCUGGACGAGAAGCUGGACAUGAUGCACGCGAUGGGCAUCGUUCCCGAGUGGGAAAGCAGCAAUGCUGAGGCAACCACUGCGGAGCCGGAGCAGGAGACCACAGCGGAACCUGAGCCAGAAGCCGGUGCUGAUUCCAAACCCUCAGAAGAACCGGCAUCUGCCACCGAACCGACCGCUGAACCCGAGCCCGAGCCAGCUACAGAGGGCUCAUCGUCCGCGGAGGCAGAGACCUCCCCCAAACCAGCCGCCAGUGAAAACGAAGUAGCUGCCGAGGAGAACGUUGUGGAGGGCGCCGAGCCCACCAUGUCCAGUGAGCCGCAGCUGCCGACGGUUGCGGACGCCGAGGCGAACGAGGUGCCCGAGGAGCCCGUGAACCCUCCCAGCUUGGCCGAGGACGAGAUGCACCGGGGUGGCGAGCGGACCGCCGAGGCAGAGCUGCUGCCUGUCGUCAACAACAGCCUCGACGACCGGCGGCGCGCCAAGGUCCUCAGCGAGACGGCCGAACAGGCGCCGGAGACGGCCGAGCGUGCCAAGGCGACGGUGCCGAAAGAAGGUGCCGAAGUGACGACGCUGAAGGACGGAAAGGACGAGGCCAUCAAUGAGGUGUCGGUCGAGGUGGGUGCAGAGGCCGCUGUUGGAGCAAAGGACGAGGCCGCAAACGAGGUUUCGGUGGAUGUUGUGCCCAAGCCGGAAGCCAGGGUGGCACCUGAGCUUGAGACUGAUGUCAACGUGGCGGCUAAGACUGCUUCUGAGACUGAAGUCGGUGCCGAGACUUCUUCAGAGCCAGCCGCGGAAACGGGUGCUGAGCCUGCCACAGAGGCUUCUGCUACUGAGCCUGCUCAGACAGAGAUCGUCGUUGAUCAGUCCGCCACCGGUAAUGGUGAACCUGCUACCGAGGAAGCGGAGCCAGAGAAGGAAAUUGUCACCGAACCAGCGGCUGAGCCUGAGAAGGAAGUUGCCACCGAACCAGCGGCUGAGCCUGAGAAGGAAGUUGUCAUCGAACCAGCGGCAGAGCCUGAGAAGGAAGUUGCUGCCGAGCCAGCGGCCGAGCCUGAGAAGGAAGCUACUGCUGGGCCUGAGAAGGAAGUCGCUGCCGAGCCUGUAACCAAGGCGGCUGAGCCCGAGAAGGAAGUACCUGCUGAGCCUGCCGCUGAACCCGAGAAGGAAGUUGCUGCAGAGCCAGCGGCCGAGCCUGAGAAGGAAGCUACUGCUGAGCCCGAGAAAGAAGUCGCUGCCGAGCCUGUAACCAAGGCGGCUGAGCCCGAGAAGGAAGUACCUGCUGAGCCUGUCGCUGAGCCCGAGAAGGAAGUUGCUGCAGAGCCUGUGAAGGAAGUUGCUGCCGAGCCUGCAGCCGAGGCUGCUGAGCCCGAGAAGAACGUUCCUGCCGAGCCUGCCGCUGAACCCGAGAAGGACGUUGCUGCAGAGCCAGCGGCCAAGCCUGAGAAGGAAGCUACUGCUGAGCCUGUGAAAGAAGUUGCUGCCGAGCCUGCAACCGAGGCUGCUGAGCCCGAGAAGAACGUUCCUGCCGAGCCGGCCGCUGAGCCUAAGCCGGAGGGAGUUCCUGCCGAGCCAUCGACCGAGCCCGAGAAGGAGGCUGCUGCAGAGCCAGCGGCUGAGCCUGAGAAGGAAGCUACUGCUGAGCCUGUGAAGGAAGUUGCUGCCGAGCCUGUAACCGAGGCUGCUGGGCCCAAGAAGGAAGUUGCUGCCGAUCCAGCGGCUGAGCCUGAGACGGAAAUUUCUGCCGAGCCAGCGGCUGAGCCCGAGAAGGAAAUCGCUGCUGAGCCUCGGAAGGAAGCUGCUGCCGAGCCUGUAACCGAGGCUGCUGAGCCCAAGAAGGAAGCUGCUGCCGAGCCAGUAGGCGAGGUUGCUGAGACUGAGAAGGAAGCUGCUGUCGAGCCUGUAACCGAGGUUGCUGAGCUUGAGAAGGAAGCUGCUGCCGAGCCUGUAACCGAGGUUGCUAAGCCUGAGAAAGAAGCAGCUGCUGAGCCUGCAACUGAGGUUGCUGAGCCUGAGAAAGAAGUUGCUGCCGAGCCUGUAGCAGACACUGCUGAGCCUGAGAACGAAGCUGCUGCCGAGCCUGUAACCGAGGUUGCUGAGCCUGAGAAGAGAGCUGCUGCGGAGCCUGUAACCGAGGUUGCUGAGCCUGAGAAGGAAGCAGCUGCUGAGCCUGUAACUGAGGUUGCUGAGCCUGAGAAGGAAGCUGCUGCCGAGCCUGUAACCGAGGUUGCUGAGCCUGAGAAGAAAGCUGCUGCCGAGCCUGUAACCGAGGUUGCUGAGCCUGAGAAGGAAGCAGCUGCUGAGCCUGUAACUGAGGUUGCUGAGCCUGAAAAGGAAGCUGCUGCCGAGCCUGUAACCGAGGUUGCUGAGCCCAAGAAGGAAGCUGCCGCUGAGCCUGAGAAGGAAGCUGCUGCCGAGCCCGUAACCGAGGUCGCUGAGCCCGAGAAGGAAGCUGCCGCUGAGCCUGAGAAAGAAGCUGCUGCCGAGCCUGUAACCGAGGUCGCUGAGCCUGAGAAGGAAGCUGCUGCCGAGCCCGUAACCGAGGUCGCUGAGCCUGAGAAGGAAGCUUCUGCCAAGCCUGUAACUGAGGUUGCUGAGCCUGAGAAGGAAGCUGCUGCCGAACCUGUGACCGAGGUUGCUGAGCCCGAGAAGGAAGCUGCCGCUGAGCCUGAGAAGGAAGCUGCUGCCGAGCCUGUAACCGAGGUCGCUGAGCCUGAGAAGGAAGCUGCUGCCGAGCCUGUAACCGAGGUUGCUGAGCCUGAGAAGGAUGCUGCUUCCGAUCCUGUAACCGAGGUCGCUGAGCCCAAGAAGGAAGCUGCUGCCGAACUUGUAACCGAGGUUGCUGAGCCUGAGAAGGAACCAGCUGCUGAGUCUGCGACUGAGGUUGCUGAGCCCGAGAAGGAACCAGCUGCUGAGUCUACGACUGAGGCUGCUGAGCCUGAGAAGGAAGCUGCCACGACCACUCCUCGCACGACGAGGAAACGUAAGCGCAACCGGAACCGGAAAAACCGUAACCAGAGGGAACGCCAGAGCCGGAACCAGGCUGUGACAGACACUGCUGAGCCCGAGAAGGAAGCUGCUGCAGAGCCUGAAACCAAAGCUGCUGAGACUAGAAAGGAAUCUUCUACUAAGCCUGAGAAGGAAGUUGUUGCCGAGCCCGUCGAGCCAGAAAAGGAAGCUGCUGCUGAAACUUCGGCAGAGGCUGUAGCUGAGGCUGCUGCCGAAUCUGUCGAAAAGGCUGCUGAGGUUAAAACGGAAGUCACGAAGCCUGAAAUCCCUGAAACUAAAGCUGCUGCCGAGACUGUGACCGAGGCAGCACCAGCGCCAACUGAAGAGACUUCAGAGCCUGCCGAAGCCGCUGCGUCGUCCGAGUCAUCUUCUGAAAGUUCAGCGUCGCCCACGCCGCCGUCAGAGGCGGCUGAGCCGGCCGUAAAGCCGAAGGGAGCGUCCAAGUCGGGGCAGGCGCUGCUGGACGAGGCGCUGAGAGAAGCCGCCGAGCAGAGCAACGACCUGCGCCGGCGGAGGUAGGCACCGCCGGCGGCCGGCCGCAGACUAUUUGUGAUACAGAUGCCGAGUGAUUGUGCGAGUGCAGGAGUGCCAACAGAUGAGUGCCAGCGGGUGAGUGCCGAGUGCUAGCCGAUCUGAUCGUGGGCGAACAAACUCAAGUGUCGCCAGAGGACGGCGCCUCACUCAGACAGCGGGACCAGUCGCGUUUAGCUGAGCAAAUGUUUAGUCGUAGCUAGGUUAGCCGUUCUCAUGAAUCGACGUGACGAGCGCGGAAUGACGCGCAAGUGUAACGUCCAGUGCUGCCUUUGAGCUGCCCCGCGCUACUCGACGCGCGACGCUGCGCAUAUUGCGGUGGGCCGCCUCCGUCCACGAGUGUAAUGCAUUCCGUUCGAGUUAUUAUCUACAGGAGCCGCUGUAGCAGUGUCGAACUGCCGAGAGGUGUGCCUCGCUCAUAAAGUCGAUCAUGCGGGGACAGAUUGUGUGACUGUGCGUGUGUGAAGUAAUGUCGAGCUCCGUUCCAUGCACGCUUGUGCGCAUAUGCAAGGUGCUCAUACCGCCCGCAAUAGCUACUUGAGGCGGUAAUGCGCGCAAAUCGCGUCAAUGAUUCCAAUACUUGUUUGAAUACAGAAACGAAGGUCA